GGUAGACACGAAAUAUCCGCCCGUUGCCUUCAAUGUUUAAAGGAACAUCGAACGGACAGUGGAGUUUAUAACGAAAUAGUGCGACAAUAUCCAAACAACGCAUUUGUUAUGGGUAUUUUUUGUCAAAUAAGUUUGUGUAAACCAGCUGAUGAUGACGGGAGACACGCAUACCAACCUGGAAGCUUCGUAUCCGGAGGAAUAAGAUACGCCAUCGAUGAGGAAUACAACUUUAGAUCGAUAACUGUAUCCUUAAAGGGUCGUGGACAUCUCUACCUAGAAGAUUUAACGAAGAAGAGAAGAAGACGCAUGUAUACAUACACCAACGAUGAAAUAUACGUUCAUUUAGACGAAGUUUUAUACACUUUCGAGACGGACUCUCAUCCAGUAGGACAAUUCAAUGCCCAGUUCAGUUUUCAACUACCUCAUAAUAUUCCGGCAUCAAAAGAAUACUAUAGGGGUACGAUAAAGUACCUUGUGAAAUGCUAUGUCAAAUACGUUGUUUCUAUUAAAUUUGAGAUGCUGAAUUUUUUCAGACCGGACAAGCAGUACGAAAAAGAGAUACACGUGAUUUCCAUUCAGACACCACGUCUUACCUUGGAGCCUUUAGUGUACGGUGACCAGAAAAGCUUACUCCAAAUCAACCCUCUAUGCCUAGGUAAAAAAAACAUUGUCAACCUGAAGGCCCUUAUGACGACUUCGGUUCUCAGACCCGGUGAGUGUGUGAAAGUGGAAUAUGAGAUCAGCAAUGAUACGAAUAAAACAAUCAAAGGUAUUCAAGUGAAAAUAUCAGAAGUCGACCAAUACACUUCAAUGGGAGGCAGCGUUUUCAAGAAUUAUACCGAUGUAGAGGGUGCUGAGUAUAGUUAUGAGACUAUACCAGGUGGAGAAAUAGUGAAAUUUACUGCAGAAAUCACAAUUCCUGGACAUUGUGCUUCGAUCGAGCAUUGUAAAUUUUUAUCCCGAGAUUAUGCUGUAAUGACUGUUGUUAGAUUACCGGGCUUACAUAAUAUGCCUCUUGAAAUGCCAUUUCAAGUAAUAAAAACUCUAUCGAGCAGCGAGGAGGAAAACUAUUGCGUUUCUGGCUGUGCUCGUUGUACCUUUGCGAAUGAAGAAAUAAACUCGCUCAGGGAUGAUCCACCGACCUAUUGGGAAGUGAUGGCCGAGGGCAUCAAUGAUUCUCCGAAAAGAAAAGGAUCUAAAGGGGAUGCAAUACUUGGAAUUUGUAAAAAAAAUAGACCUAUCCUAUAACAAUAAUAAAAAAAU